GCGCGCGACCCAGCAUGCCGUGCGCGUGUUCCCGCGAAUUCGCGUCUGGCUCGGGGCGGCAGAGACGGGGCCCAUCGCUCCCUCCUGUUACACACACAGACACACACACAGAGAGACAGACACACACAGAGACAGACACACACAGAGACAGACACAGGGAGAGACGAGACGCGCAGACAAGACGGGCAGAGAUACACAGAGGGAGAGGCAGGGACAAGGUGACCGCGAGUCGCACCGAGGCAGGCUGAGGAACACGAACAGGGAAACGCGAACGGAGGAGACAUCGGGGGCAGUGCAGGGAAGAGACAAGAAGACACGAAGACAAGGAGACAGACAGGGGGCAGACGAACAAGGAUAUACAUACAGAGAGACGUAGUAAGAGAGAGAGCCAGGGACAGAGAGACACACGUGAGACAAGGGGAUACGGGGAGACACAAGGAGAGAGAGAGACCUGAGACCAGGGAAUCACACAGGAGAGCUAGGACAGGGAAGAUACGCACGGAGGGAGAAACAAAGACAGAGGGAAAUAAAGGGUUAAGACAAACGGCGGAGAGAUAGGACAGACGGACACACGGACACUGUCAAUCGGAGGGACAGAUGCACAUGUUGGGGUGAAGACACAACGAGAAAGACAGCCGCUGAGAGACGGACAGAGCCCAUCAGUGGCAAGUGAGACAAACAUUGACAGUGAGAAGGAGAGACGGGAAGAAACGCACAAAGACAAAACUCUGAACAGGAAGUGAUAGAUGCAGUGACAUAGUACAAGAGCGCAGAGACACGCGAAGCAGCAGGAAGUGAUAGCGAGCGGAAGACAUUGGGAGGGAGACAAAACCGUCGGACACGUAGCAAGAGGGACAAGAGGGACACGGGGACAGACAAGAGAGGCAGCCAGCGACAAGGAGCAAGCAAGACGAGAGGGAAAACAGGCCGGGGUAAGCACAAGACACGAGGAAGAGACACGGAGAGACGUGAAGUUACAGGACAGACGAGGAGAGGGACAGACAGAGACUCGGGCAGGAGGACCUCUAAACCUUGACCUAUUCCGCUUCUCGUGCGAUCGAGCAUUGUCGUGAACUGGACCCCGAUAUCGAACCGCAGGGAGAGAGCGACCGCCCACCCCAUCCUCCUGCUCCUCGCCCCGCCAGCAGCAGCAGCAGCCAGACCCCCCCCCCCCCCCAGGCAGGACCGUGAGGAGGAGGAGGAGGAGCAGGAGGGGAGAGGGAGUCGCGCUCCGCGGGAAGACGAAGCAGCAAGCAGCAGCAGCAGCAUGGCCCCCAACAAACACGCCAACGGCAAGGCCGCCUCCUCCUCCUCGGCCACCGCCUCCUCAGCGCUCGCCUCCUGCAACAAAAAGGCCAGCAUGGAGCAGAUACAGGCGGACCACGACCUCUUCAUGCAGGCGUUUGAGAAGCCAACUCAAAUUUACCGCUUUCUCCGGACAAGAAACCUAAUAGCGCCGAUUUUUUUACACAGAACUCUGACCUACAUGCCUCAUAAAAACUCCAAGUCAACCAGCGAAAAAAGGAAAGUGUUCAAGUUGGAUGAAAUGUUGUCUCGGGUCGAAGAUCAAAUGAAGGGGGACCCCAGCGCUCCAAGCACACAAUCUGGACAUUUGCAGCUAAACUUCACUGGAUUUUUCCACACGAGUGGCACAGAAAAGACAACGCAAAACUCUGAGAACGAACAGAACUCGGCAAUACUGGAGGUGCUCCUCGUCAAAGUGUGCCACAAGAAACGCAAGGAUGUGAGCUGCCCUAUCAAGCAAGUGCCUCUGGGUAAAAAGCAGGUGCCUUUGAACCCACCGGUGGUGGGCGGAUCCAGCAAGGCAGGGGCGGGGGCGGGCUGCCCCUCCCUCUCCAUCCCCCAUGGGGAGUUCCAGCCAGGGAAUCCGCAUCUCGUCAAGUCCUACUCGCUGCUGUUUCGCAUCUACCGGCCGCUCGGGCGCGAGGGUCAGGGGGCUGCCGGCCUGGCCCGCGAUGCCGACGAGAAUCUGGACGUCACGGACGACAUUCCCAGCAAGCGGAGGCGCAGCUCGUGCCACCGGGAGGACACGGAGAAGGUGUACACCUCGGAGCUCACGGUGUUCGAUAAAAACAGACGGUGCCAGCUGCUGGACGGCGAGUACGAGGUGGCCAUGCAGGAGCUGGAGGACUGCCACAUCAGCAAAAAGAGGGCGACGUGGGAGACCUUCCUGGAGGGCAAGAAGCUGCCACCGCUCGAGACGUUCACUCAGGGCCCCACGCUGCAGUUCACGCUGCGCUGGACCGGGGGUGCCAUGGACAAGGCGUUCACUCCCAGCGCCAAGCCGCUCACGCCGCGCAACAUCGUGGACCCCUCCGCGUCCGCCGAUGGCCGCAACGCCGCCACACAGAAGCCGGCCGCCCCCACCGGAACCUCAGGAGUGAAGGACCAGCUGUCGUCCAGUGUCCAGGUGAAGAAGGAGCCGGGGCAAAUGGAACCUCAGAAGAAGCUCAGAAUAUACUACCAGUUUUUGUACAACAACAACCUGCGGCAGCAGACGGAGGCGCGCGACGACGUCCACUGCCCCUGGUGCACGCUCAACUGUGGCAAGCUCUACAGCCUGCUCAAGCACCUCAAGCUGUGCCACGGCCGAUUCAUCUUCAACUAUGUGCUAUGGGAGGAAACUGGAGAACUGGGAGGAAACCCAUGCAGAACAGGGAGAGAACAUACAUACUCCACACAGCAAGGCGCCCGAGUUGGAAAUCGAACCCAGCCUCUCACCAAAGGUGCUCGCAUCGACGUGUCCGUCAACGAGUGCUACGACGGCUCGUACGCCGGCAAUCCACAGGACAUCCACUCCCAGCCGGGGUUUGCCUUCAGCAGAAAUGGGCCCGUCAAGAGAACGCCCGUCACCUACAUCCUUGUGUGCCGGCCGAAGCGGCCGAAGCCCAGCCUGUCAGAGUUCCUCGAGUCGGACGAGCUGGAGGUGGAGCAGCAGCGUCCUUACGUGAGCGGCCACGACCGUCUCUACUUCCACAGCGACACCUGCCUCCCGCUGAGGCCGCAGGAAAUGGACGAGGACAGCGAGGACGAGAAUGACCCCGAGUGGCUCCGCGAGAAAACCGUGCUGCAAAUUGACGAGUUCAUGGACGUGAACGAGGGGGAGAAGGAGCUGAUGAAAAUGUGGAAUCUGCACGUGAUGAAACACGGCUUCAUCGCGGACAGCCAGAUGCACGGAGCGGUGCUGCUGUUUGUGGAGCAGUGGGGGCCGCGCCUGCUGGAGAUGGGCCUCUUCCAAAACCUCCUGCUGCACCUCAUCAGUCUGCACGACUUCAACCUCAUCGGGCAGGCGAGCGUGCAGGCAGCCAUGCUGCGUCUGCGCCGCCUACGACAGCGCCACCUGGCAGCGCUGGAGCAGCAGCGAACUGGAGGGCCGCCCCCCCGUGGCCUGGAGGGCUCGUCGGUUGCCGGGGAGACGGUAUCCACGGAAACGGAGAAGAGCAGCCCCUCUCCGGCGCCGCCGCCUCCGUCGCCGUCGGACGGCAGCGGCUGCCCCUCGCCCGACGCCGACCCCUGCACCGCCGCGUCGCCCGAAGGCAGCGGAGACUCGGUGGGGCCGGAACGCAGCUAGCGCCGCCGACGUACACGGCAACGACGAUGUCGCCGGUGACGGGGCCGUGUUGAGGGUGGGGGCUG